AUGCGCUCUGACUGGGACGGAACUAAUUCUAUGCGUAAUUUGGACAACAACACGAACGAAAACACCCUCGCGUCCAUCAAGGCAAACAAUUACGAAGCUGUCAUUUCGGGACUGCGAGCACCCGAAUCAGGAACAGUCAAGUCUGAAGACGAAGGCGGCCCUGACAAAUCAAGACUGGUGUUUUCCUGCCCCGAUUCGGAGCAUCCCGUGUGCGAGCCGAACCCAUAUGCAGGGACAGAGCCGAUCGCCGGCAUGCUCAAUGCCGGCGAAGUCUACGACAACAACGUGCUGCGUCUCUGCCCCCCCUUUUUCCGCCAGGUCAGCCACUCGCAGAUGCUUGUCAACUGGCGUGAUUGGAAAGAAGGCGACUUGCAAACGUCAGCAGGCUUCGCACUGCUUCAUGAAAUGCAGCAUCUUGAUGCUAUAGUUGGCAAACCCAAUCGUUGCGCUGACCACGCGUAUCCGGUUGCAGACUGUGAGAAGCUCUCUAGCGUCGAAAGACUGAAGAAUGCCCAGACCUUUGCAUACUUCGCGCUGGAUGUGCUUGUGAACCCGCCAAGCCCGAGCAAGUGA